GCUCCUUGUCCAGUGGGGAAAGAACUAGGUGCCGGAGACGCGCAUGCGCGCGCCAGCCAGCUUCAGCAACGCGGUUCCAAACCUGCCGGGGAAGAGCUCAAGGACGGAGCAUGCGCUCCGACGGCCCCUCGGCCUAAGAAAGGAGCUGUGCGCAGGCGCGGGGCGAGACUGGCGGGAACGCAGGCGGAUUUUUCGACGUUGGUCCGAGGAAGUAGCAGGCGGUGUGGACGACGGUUGUCUGGCCGCCCGGGAGGGUUGGUCCUUCGAGGAGAGUCCAUCGUCAGAUAAGUCUACUAAAGUCAACACAAUAAUUAUGUUCAGCAUUGCUGGCGGUAUCCUGGUGGCCAUGCUUGUGCUGAUGGCUGUUGUCAUCUGUCUUUACUACAAAGUAGCCAACGCAUUGAAAUGUUCAAAGGCACCUCUUUGUUUGGCCUUAAAAAAUUCACCCCUGGACAAGGUCGCGGCCGCAGCCAUCACUGCUGGGUCUUAUCCCAACCUCCAAUGCUGUGACGAAUGUAGCUUGUAUGCCGACUUUGAUUCCCUGCCACCAUGCUUCUGUGACGUAAACGAGGGACUCUGACUUGAGUGGGCACAAAAAUCUUCAUGCGCAGUCUUUCUUUCUUAGUAGAAUGUUUUAUUAUUCAAGUCAAGUUUUAUAAUGUUUACAUUAUGUAUUAUGUAACAUAUUUAUGUACUUUUGAAUAAAUGCAAUAUUGAAAAUAA